CAAAUGCCAGGCUCUCACUCAGAAACGAUGUGAAAGCCUGUUUAGCUUUUCCAAAAUUAACAUAAUAAACUAAAAAUAAAAUAGUAAAAAAAAAACUUUUACGCGAAAUGUAGUAAAAGGGAAAGCUGUUUUUUUUUUCUUAGGUCUCGGGCUUUUCUUUAAAGCAAAAUAUAAAAGUGUGAUUGGCACUCUUGGAACUUAAUUGGAGCACCCCGGUGGGGUCCCUCAAACCAAUUUAAUUAUAUCUUAAUAGGUAUUGAAGAAAAUCGCGAUUUAUAGAACUCACUCGAUCUACAGGGACUACGAAAUACAUGUACACGUCCAUGCAGGGACCGUAUAUAGUUAUGAAGAGAAAGUCACUUACCAAGAGCAAUUAACUGGGAACCUCAGGGAAAAGUAUAUCUUGUUUCAAAGUUAUAGAGCAUGCAGUGUCGAAAUACCAUGGACACUAUAAUAAUAAUAUAGAGAAUUUAUAUAUAGCAUUUUACAACACCAUCAAAGGCAGGCUCAAAGUGCUUUACAUACACAAAAUAUUUCUUGACUACAUACACCUUUGCCGCCGGCUGCAAUGAUAAAACAUAUUUUAGGGGUCUGGACACUUCUUAAUUUGUAACUUUGGGAACAAUUAAGAGAUCGAUUUAUCUUUGAAUUCUUCACUUUGCCCCACGACUUAUACCUUGGCUUUAUACGGCCCCUGGUAAAAGCAACAGAUCCAUACAUACAUAUAUGUAGCCUGGCAGACAAAAAUGCAAUGUUUGAACGUUAUUUCUAUAACAAUUUAAAUCACAAUAAAUUAAAGCACGAGCAUUAUAUCUUGAUCCAUGUCAUGUUUACUUACACUACCAUUAUAUCACAAUCCGCUUUAUCCUAACGACAAAAAUCAAAGCGCGGGGAUGUAUACACAGUGCUGCACUAGUGAGUGCGGCGAACACCGCGGGUGUGGCCCAUAGACCGGCGGCUGCUGCCGUCUGAUGUCGUCUUUGAACCCUGGGUAAAGGCCACACUCAUUCACAUUCAGCGGAAUCUGUUUCAUGCAAGUCUAAACUCAAAACGGAUGAAAAUAUCCACUCUCUAAAGACUGCUGAAAGAAAGGAGAUGUGCAAGCUGCCACUGAAGGUUGUUUUACACAGCCGUAAAAGUUUCCUUUGCUUCGUUGCUGGCUUUCUGGCCCUGAUCUUGACACUGAUUCAAAUCAAGGCUGGCCUUGGUGUCACGUUUUUUCGCGGCUGCAUCGUCAUAAGUUGUUCUGCCAAGUCUCCAAAAGAUGAAAAGCCCGAGACGAAGAGUUUUGACACAAAGAUGAUACAAGAAAGGUUUUUGGAAAGGAAGCUCAUCAUGGAUGAUGGCUGUGCGAAUCACGUCCUACAAAAGAAAGGACAACCAACGUUUGACAGGGGAGAUUAUUUAACCAUCAACGGAACUGCGCUGUAUUGUCCCAUUGAAAAGACAGCUAGCAUCACAUGGAGGGGCAUCUUCGACGAGAUUCAGCGCAAGGGCGUGCAGGUCAACACAGUAGGCUAUUUCAUGGUAUAUCCGUUGGACCUGGUGAGCCUUUUUUCCAAUUUAGAUGCUGACAUCAGGUUUAUAUUUGUCCGGGAACCUUACGGGCGGCACGUGUCAGCGUAUGUGGACAAGCUAUUCUCGCCAAACAUCGAAUUUUGGAGAAACUUUGGAAAACAUAUCAUUCGCAAAUUCCGGCCAAACGCCACCGUUAGGAGUAAGGCGUGUGGCCAUGAUGUCACUUUCGCUGAAUACAUCAAGUAUGUCAUCGACGCCGAGAGGUCGGGUGAUCACAGAGAUGGUCACUUCCUGCCACAACAUUCCCACUGCCACAUCUGCAGGUUUCCUUACAACUACAUUGGUCAUCUGGAGACAAUGGAGGAAGACACCAAGUUUCUGCUCAAAGCCAUUCGAUCCCCUGUAGACUAUAAUCAAGACUACGGGAUGUUUACGAUGGAGGACCAGGCCCGCUGGUACUUCGGGGACCGGAAAAGAUACGGGCACUGCAUGGAGUUGGAGGAAGCGUUACGGAGGUACUGGAAAAAGCUGCAGAUCCGGGGGCUCGUUCAUAAGACAUUUGACUUCCCGUUCACUGCUGAGCAGCUGCGGAGCAUCACCGCCGCAGACUUGAUUCGGGAGGGGAGGAAGGCCGUGCUCAAGUCGAGAGAGCAGGGUGGGGCGAAGGGCAACAAGCGGGAGGCUCUGGUGGAAGCCUUUCAGUCUGUGUCAGCAGACGACAAAGACCAGCUUCGCCAGCUGUAUUGGCGUGACUUUGAGUUGUUUGGAUACAACCCAUCCCCAGAAGACAUAUUUGGAAACAGCACAGCAGAUUCGUUGAAUAAUGAUAGAAAGUUUAGUUAUUUCUCGGUGUGGGAUUGAAGAAGUUGAAUUAUUUCUUUGUGCGGGAUUAAUCUGACCACAAACUUCCAUGAUCUGAUUCACUGGCGCAGCAUGAUGCGGUAGCGACGGUGCUAUGGUGGUGUUAUACAGUCAAGAUGUGCCCACCUGGUUGUCGGGACGGACAUGACAUGGACGAGGAGACACCAAUUAACUUUGGGAACGUCGAAUCAUGGUUCAAUAUGACUCACGAAUGUUUACCUGCUUUGCUUAGAAUAUAGAUCGGGCUUACAUUGCAGCUGAAGAAAGUGUUUUAAAGAGAACCUGCGCGUAUGAGUGAAAAAGUGUGUAGCUGCAGACUUUUUUUUUUUAUCCGUUGCUGUGAGUUGCAGGUCUGCUACUUUCUCCCUCAGGUAUUUACACAAAACAAUCUCAAGAUUGAAAGCGCAGUGGUUAAAGCUCCUCACCACGACAGGGAGAUUAGGAUGCUGAAGGUUCAUAUCUCGGCUCCGACUCUCAUGCAUCUCUCUGAAUGUGGCAUGUGCUUUACUGGGUAUCCCAGUUUCCUCCAUCACGUGAGAGAGGGAGGAGAGAGAUGAUUUCAAUGACGGUGAAUGAAUUUGUAACUCAUGUUACUCACAGCUCUUGUUAUUUGGUUCUUCGUUGUAUUUUCUGUAUUUUAUUUUAUUUUUUGUUUAAUACGGUUAUUCUUUUAUAGCUCAUAUGUUAUUUGCUGUCAUGUCCCUCGUAUGUUGUCCAUGGUUCAUUCUUGUUCUUAAGCGCGAAGAGCAUGCUUCUUAGGAGUGCAAGUAUGCGCUCUACACAUUUUACAUUUAUUAUUAUUAUGACGACGAGUUCAUUCUACAACACUAGCAUACGAUCAUAAACUAUGCAGUGUGGUGGGCAAAGCUGGCUUUGUUUUUGUUGUUGAGUCUGACCCCAGUUAAAUCCUACCACUUGUCCAAUCCGCACUGAAUUUAUCAGAAAAAAUAUUCGUAGGCUACAUUUGACUGGUGCAUACUGCUCCGGAACUUCUUAUUAAUGUUUGUUUUUUCUGUUCUAAGAUGUCUGUGGCUCCAACUGAAAGAAAAAAUGUACAAAAUUUUCUAAUGCCUUCCCAUGAUCUUUCUUAUGCCCCUGCAACAUCUUAGAAUUUAACAAG